GAAGAAUCGUAUAUUCGGAAGUCUCGGAUAUGUUCCUAAGUUGCAUCAAAACGAAAAUAGGAAAUUUUACGUAUUUUAGUUUUGACAGAAAUCACAUGAUUUUGACUACAACUCAAGAUUACCAACGACAUACAAAUUCAUGAAAGAAGGCUAAAUAAGUUUGUUUUACUGACAAUAUGGGUGAUGAGUGGCCUGGUCAGAGGCUUCAUCAGUAUGCCAUAUUUGACCGCCAUGAUGCUAUGUUAGACAUUCUACAAGGAGAGGAACGGAGAAACAUAAAUGCCCGUGACAGAUGUGGUCGCACACCAGUGUAUACUGCAGUCUCCAAUAACAGUAUUAAGUGUUUAGAGAUACUUCUUCAGCAUGGAGCUGACCCUAGUAUUGCUGGUGGAGAAAGAGUUCGUAACAUGACACCUUUGCAUCAAGCGUUGUUGGAAUGUAAGAUGGAGGCCAUAAAACUGUUACUACAGUAUGGGGCAGAUCUGAAUCGGGUAGAUGAGACAGGAAUGACCCCUAUCAAUCUUGCUAAAAGUAUUGGAAUGAAGGAAUAUGUUGAAAUAUUUGAACAGGAAGAUGAAAGAAGAAAACAGAAUGCAAUGAGAGUUGUGGCAGAUUUGUACAGUGCUUGUGAUACUGGUGAUAUAGUUAAGGUGAAGGACAUAUUGAGGGUACCACCUCCAGCAGGCUGGGAACUAGCAACAAUUAAAUUACCUGACCUCGACAAAAGUCCAGUAAUCAUUGCCAUAGAGAAGGGUCAUGAAGAUAUAACUGUAGAAUUACUGCGUUAUGUAACACAACUACCAUGUCAGCCCUCUAUUAUACAUGUAGCUGUGGAAAUGGGACAGACAAACAUUGUUAAACAUUUGAUAAAGAAAUAUCCAGAUUGUUGUAAGGUGAAAGAUGAUUCUGAUCAACUUCCUCUACAUGUUGCAUGUGAGACUGGUUGUUUAGAUAUUGUCAAGCUUCUCUUAGAGUCAGACUAUCCAGAUAGUAUGUACAUAUUGGAAUAUGAUCAACAGAAGCAUGUGGAAUACAGACUACCAUUUUCUGUAAAUGAAGUAUCUGCUGAUGGGAAAUCCUCAUUAUUUUUCGCAUGUGAAAAUGGACAUGAUGAUAUAGUGGAUUAUUUGUUGAAUUUUACUGUGAAAGGCUCCUGUAUAGAUAAAUUUAGUGAUGGCAUGUCUAGUGUAAGUUCCGGACCCAGUCAAUUGGAAGAUUUAGAUGUUGAUGUUAAACCAGUUAAAAUUGAUGCAAAUAUGGACGAAAUAAGCACUAAUCCAAUCCAACUGCCAGAUGUUUCUGACAUUUCUAGUAAUGUCUUGUAUAGAAGAAGUGAUAUGAGCACUUCCAUGAGUCAGACCUUGACAUGUGUAUAUAUAGCUGUAAAGAAUCGCCAUCUUCAAAUUGUGAAAAAGUUGGCUGAAUUUAGAGCAAAGUUUGACUUGACAGCCAGAGAGAAAGAUGUAGAGUAUUCAAUAAUACUGAAAGUAGCUCUAGACAACAAAGAUUUAUUGAUGUUAGAUACACUUCUAUCUCUUGAUGUUCAAGAUUUGAAUAACUUUGUCUUUGAAGAGGCUGUUAGGUCACACCCAGAAUUCAUUGCACAUUUUCUCAAGUACAAGUCAAGUGAAGAUAAGACCAAUCAUAUCAAUAAAAAACUAAUGAAGAAGGAAUAUUCAAUAAAUGUAAUGGAUGGUGAAGAUACCAAGAGACUUUCUGCCUCAGAUCCUAGAUACAAGCAGAUAUUUCCCACAGAAUCUGUAAACUUACGCUGGCAAAAUCUGAAAGUAUUGUCCACAGUUGAACCGUCAUGGCUUGUAACAGCUGUCAAUACAUUAAAUCCAUCAAUGUCCAGCUUGAAUUCCAGAAUUCCAUUGUUUGCUGUAACAAGAAUUGAUCUUUCUCACAAUAAAAUCACAAUGGUUCCAAUAGCCUUGCUACAGCUGCCAUCACUUUGCACCCUGAUAGCUUCACACAAUGAAAUAACUGAAUUUCCAUCACAAACAAAUUUCACUCUUGAUGGUCAGUUCCUUGAAGAAUUGGAUGUUCAGCAUAAUUAUCUUUUAACCAUUCCAAAUUACAUAUUUACCCUUCCACGUUUGAGGGUACUUAAUGCUAGCCACAAUAAAAUUGAUAAAUUGCCAGUGAGUCUCUGGCAAUCCUUGUAUCUGAAAACAAUAGAUCUCAGCUAUAAUAAACUUGAACAGCUGCCUAGACCUGUGCCAGUUUCUGUAAGAAAAGAAUCAGAAGAAAGCAUUGCUAGUGAAAAUUAUUUUGAAAGCCUUCCUGAUAGUUUACCUCUAGAAAAUGACCAAUCGGAAUCAAGCACUGAUAGUCAUGUGAUAAUCCAUGAAGUGAAAAGAGACAAUCACUGGACAGAUGACAUUAUGGUCUGUGAUGAAGCUGUAAAUGCUGCCGAAAAUUAUAAGAAAGGCCUUAAAUCACUAAAACUGGGAAAGAACAUGCUUUCAUCUUUCCCUGAGUUUUUGUCAUGCUGUUGUCCACAGUUGGAGAACCUAGAAAUGCCUUACAAUCAUUUGAAAAUUGUGGGCAAUCUUGGGGCAUAUCCAAAACUAUUGAAGACACUAGAUUUGAGUCAUAAUGAAAUAGAAACUUUGAGUGACUGGCAGAAUGAGGACGAGAGAAGAAAAUGUUUCUGUGCCCCUAGACAAGCAUCAUUUGUUGGAUCAGGGAUGUUUGGUCAGACAGCAGCACUAACAACUUGUGUUCAUCGUAAUCAUACAAAACUGGAGAAUCUUGAGUCACUAGAUUUGUCAUAUAAUAAACUGACAACAUUGAUUGUACUGAGAACCUCAGCAAUUGCUCAUUCACAGUCUAUUAAUCUGUCUGACAGAGAAGUAUUAGAGAGGAAUAUUCAAGGGAAUUUACUCUUUCCAAAUAUUACAAGUGUUAAUCUGGAUGCAAAUAAGUUAACUCAUUUACCAGAUGACAUUAAAGAAAUGCAAACAUUGAAGUCCCUGUCAAUGAAACAAAAUCUGCAAUUGACAGAGCUUCCUCCAGCCCUUGGUCUACUAGACAGAUUGCAGCGUUUAGAGGUAGAAAUGUGUCCUUUAGAAGGCCCUAUUCAUGAUGUUAUUAAAAUGGCAAAUGGUAAAGCUUCUGACAUUACUGGAUUUCUCAGGUCAAUUCUUGAGGAAUCACAAAAGUACAACUGUAUGAAUCUGAUGAUAGUUGGAUCGUUUGACAUUGGGAAAACUUCUCUCUUACAACAGUUAAUGAAGAAAGGAAAAACAAGCACUAAAAUGAUGAACUAUCUUCAGAGACAAGAUUCUUCAGCAGCAUUCUGUACGAAAGAUGAUAAGCCAUUAUCUACAGUUGGUAUUGAUAUUUGUCAACUUAUCUUGGAUGGCAAACAAGGACCUGUAGAGUUUCGCACCUGGGAUUUUGCUGGACAGACAGAAUAUUAUGCUACCCAUCAAUAUUUUUUGAGUCCAAGAUCUUUGUAUUUGGUUGUAUGGAAUUUAACGAAUGGUGAACCUGGUGUACUUGAUCUGAGACAGUGGCUUGUAAAUAUACAGGCACAGGCCCCUGGUUCCCCUGUUAUAAUUGUGGGAACCCACCUUGAUGAGAUACAGAAAAGGAAGAAAGAUUUUCCAGCAAACUGGGAGAAGUCAAUGAAUACAUUGAUAUUGGAAAAAUACAGACGUGUUGAUAAUUACAAUAUAGGUCUACCAUUAGUUAUUGAUGUCAUUAAUGUAGCAGCUUCUAGAAAGGCAACAAACAUAGACAAACUUCAAAAGUUGAUUUAUGAAACAGUGUUUCAUCUGAAACAUCCAUCUCGAAGGAGUGAGAACUUAUUAGGUCAUAAGGUACCAAAGAAGUAUAUGAAGUUACAGUCUGUUAUCAGUGAAAUUGUGAGGCAUCAGAAAAACAAUAAUAAGGAACCAGUCUGUGAUUCUAACUCAUAUCUUCUAAGUGUGAUGGAGGAAAUGUCUAAAGAUGAAACUACAACCAGUUUCAGAAAUAAGGAGGACCUUAAUCAAGCUACAAGAUUUCUACAUGAAAAUGGUGUAUUGUGUCAUUUUGAAGACAUGUCCUUAAGAGAUCAAUACUUUCUGGAGCCUCAGUGGUUGUGUGACCAACUAGCUAGAGUUGUCUCUAUUAAAGAGGUGCAACAAUAUUGUAAAAAUGGUGUCAUGAAAUUAAGAGACAUGUAUCAACUGUACAGGAACUCAGACAAGAUUGGUCAGUAUAUUCUCAGCUUACUAAACAAGUUUGAGGUGGCAUUACAGUUUGAUAGUGAACAUCUUCUUCUGCCUUCACUUCUACCUACAGAUUUAAACUUAAUGCCAGAAAAUAUGAGAGAGAUUCCAGUAAGGAGAAAGGGCGUACCAGUUAAUGUUAUGAAUGAGAGUCAAGCCAGUAUAGGUAGGCUGUUUAACUCCACAAACAGAAAUAUGUCGGAGGAACAGCUCAUGUACAUAGUUAGUACCCAACCAAGUAGUAACCCAGCAUUCUCCAACACACGUCUUUAUCUCCUUACAUACUUUCCUAGUGGAUUCUGGCCAAGGCUUAUAACCAGAAUUUUAGCUGAUGAACUGUUUUAUGAUCCUGUGAUGAGGAUGUACCAGUUUCCACAAGAUAUUGUUGACAAGUGCCCUGAUAUUCAAAAGGAAACGCCAAACUGGAGAUGCUGGCAAACUGGUUUUGAACUUGUAUAUUUUGGUAAUGUGAUAAUGCAGGUGAAAGAAGUGAGAAAUACAUCAAAUUAUGCACGAGGAAUGUGUAACUACACCCAAGAUGAUCUAAAAAUUGAAUGUCAUUUUGAUAGUCAAUGGGGAGAACUGGAUGUUAAUGAUAGUGUUAUUCUGGAAAUAUCUUUCAAAGCAGAUAAAAUUACUUAUUUUAUGGGAUAUCAUGACCCCACUGGUUCCACACAGUUUAGAUCUAUUGAGCCAAGAAACAUUUACCAUGAUGAGAAAGCAAAAACUGCAGUCCUUGCCAAGGUUGUAGAGCAUAUAGACUGCCUGUUACAGGACUGGUUUCCAGAGAUUGGAGAGUCAAGAUUUAUUCAGAGUUGUCAAGGCCGUUACCUAGUAACGAGAGUGGUUCCAUGCCCACUGUGUUUACAAGCUGAAAUUAGUUAUCAAGAAAAUCCCUCAGGAGCUUGGGAGUUAUGUUCUGGAGGUUCAGAACCCCCACAGCUGGUCAGUAUCCGGAGUGACGUACAUAACAAACAUGAAAAUACUGCCAGUAUUAACCCAGCUGAUGUAGAGAUAGAAGUGAAACAUAGAGUGAUGUGUACAUUCCUGGUAGAAAAAUGUAUCAAAAAUGUACUGGAAGGUCUAGAUGAAAUAUGUAAGGUGCACGAUUCAGUGUCACCUAGUUUUAUGCCAGGACAAGAUGGGGUAACAAGGCUAAUACAUAUAGCUCCAGAUGCUGUGUUUCAAGAUUUAGAUGAAACAUUUGUUGUAGAAGAUGACGCCAUACAAGCUACUGAUAAACUGGGACAAGGUGCUUUUGGUACGGUGUCAAAGGGCAUACUGAAAAGGAGUGAGCAUUUGGUGAUAGAUGUUGCUGUGAAAGUACUGUAUGAUCCUAACAAUAAAGAACGCAGAAAGACUAAUCAGACAAGUCAGAUUUGCCUAGAGACAAUAUGUGCAGCAUAUACCACAGCAAGACAGGAAGUAAGCAUCCUGCAGACAGUAGAACAUCCACAUAUUGUACCACUUCUUGGUCUCUCCAGGCGUCCCCUUGCCCUUAUACUUGCACUUGCACCUCUUGGUUCUCUCCAUAGUAUAUUUGAGGAUAGACAUAAAGAUGGGCUUCGUCUUCCUGUUUGGGUGAUAAGACAGGUUGUUAUUCAGGUUGCAGAUGCUUUAGAUUAUAUCCACGGUCGCAAUAUAAUAUAUCGAGAUCUCAAAUCUGACAACGUUCUUGCCUGGAAUCUACCAGGACAAAAUGAUCUUGACCCUAGACAACCCGUUCUUGUGAAAUUAGCAGACUAUGGCAAAGUAAGUCUGUGUUGCCAGGGGGAACUUAAGGUUUUGGUGGAACGCCACCUUUUAUAGCGCCGGAGAUAUUGAUGCGUACUGGAAG